GCUCAACGGCCACAAAAUUAAAUCUUGUCAAGGAACAGCAUGGAUGUUGUUCUAGCUCGGUGCCACCUCCGCCAUGCCGUCGGGGCGCUCCUCGCCGCCGAGUUCCUGCUCUCCGCCGCCGUCAGGGCGCAGGAUGAAACAGACAACGAGCGCGAGUUCAGCUACAACCGGAGCGCGCCGAACGGGCCGGAUCGCUGGGGCGAGAUCAAGCCGUCGUGGGCCAACUGCAGCCGCGGCCGGAUGCAGUCGCCCAUCGACCUCUCCAACGCCAGGCCGGAGCGCUCCCUCGGCUUCCUCAACUACUCCUACCGCCCCGCCCAGGCCACCAUCGUCAACCGCGGCCACGACAUCGCGGUGAUGUUCAAGGGCGACGCCGGGAGCCUGGUGAUCAACGGCACGGCGUACCACCUGCGGCAGCUGCACUGGCACACGCCCAGCGAGCACACCGUCGGCGGCCGCCGCUACGACAUGGAGCUGCACCUGGUGCACGAGUCCGCGGCGAACAAGGCCGCCGUGAUCGGCGUCCUCUACAAGGUCGGCCACCCCGACCGGUUCCUGCAGACGCUGGAGCCCGCCAUCAGGCUCAUCAAGGAGACGCGGGACAUGGAGGUGCCCAUCGGGGUGGUCGACCCAAGCGGCGCCCGCGCCACCGGCAGCGUGUACUACCGCUACAUGGGCUCCCUCACCACGCCGCCCUGCACCGAGGGGGUCGUCUGGACCGUCUUCCAGAAGGCUCGCCACGUGGCCAAGUACCAGCUGGAGCUUCUCAGGGAUGCGGUGGAUGACGGCAAUAGGGAGAACGCGAGGCCACUUCAGGAUGUGAACGGCAGAGACAUCAGCGUCUUCCGGCCGAAGCCCUGUGUACUGGGUAAACAGUACUACUAGAUGGUGAUGCAUGGGCUGAUCGAUCGACAGGGAUACCACAGUAGUGUGUGGUAGCUUGUUAUGCAUCUUGGUAGACGGCGAACAUGUCUUGUGCUUCUCUCUACUUAUGUGUCUUGGCUGUAGCAGGACUAAAUAAAACACGGGGUCAUUUAUGUUCUCAAUUUCUCA